CGCACCUGGGCACAGGUGAGCACCGCCAGCAUCCUUGCGGCGCGCGGCGGCCAGAUCCGAGGCGGUGGCCCCUGAACCCUCCCCGGCCGGGUGCCCAUCGGAUGCGGGAACUCAGCCGGUGCUGAAAACCCUCCGCGGAAAGCAGGACUCUGGGCGGAAGAUGAUGAUGGAUCGACUCAAGGUCCCACGGACGAAGGAGCUGGAAUUUGGGGGCGUCAUAGGGGCUGCCUUCCUGAUCCUCUUUCUGCCUGCCACGGUCUUCUACCUCCUCUUGGUCUGCCAGACUGAGCAGGCCAGCCUCCUCAGCUUUCCUCGGCCUUUGCCCACUUUCCGGUCCUUGUGGAGCCCCCAAGAUUUGGCCCUCGUCUUGGCCUGGAUAGGAUUGCAAGCAGGGCUCUAUAUGCUACCCAUGGGGAAGGUGACAGAAGGGAUCGCUCUCCGAGACAAAAGUCGGCUCCAGUACCAAGUUAACGGGUCCCACGCCAUGGUGGUCACUGCCCUGGUGGUCGGGGCUGGCUUGGGGGCAGGCCUCCGCCUCAGCUACAUCUAUGACCAUUUCCUGCAGCUCGCCUUCUCGGCCACCUUGGUCUCUUUCGGGCUGAGCAUCCUCCUCUACUUCAAGUCCUUGCUGGCCCCUGAGACGGCGCUGGCUCCGGGUGGGAAUUCAGGAAAUCCCAUUUACGACUUCUUCAUGGGCCACGAGUUGAACCCGCGCCUCGGUUCCUUUGACCUCAAGUUCUUCUGUGAGCUGCGCCCGGGUCUCCUCGGCUGGGCCCUGAUUAACAUGGCCAUGUUAGUGAAGGAGACGGAGCUAAGAGGCAACCCUUCCUUAGCCAUGAUCCUGGUGAACGGCUUCCAGCUUCUCUACGUGGUGGACGCUUUCUGGCACGAGGAGGCCAUCCUCACGACCAUGGACAUCGUCCAUGACGGUUUUGGUUUUAUGCUGGCUUUCGGGGACCUGACGUGGGUCCCGUUCCUGUACAGUCUCCAGAGCUAUUUUCUGGUCACCCACCCACAGAAGCUGAGCCUUUCCAUGGCUGGAGGCAUCAUCCUACUCAACGGUCUUGGUUAUUCCAUCUUCCGUGGAGCGAAUUCCCAGAAAAACACCUUCCGUCGGAAUCCUGCUGACCCCAAAGUGGCUGGACUGAGGACCAUCCCCACCGCCACCGGACGGCGUCUCCUGGUCUCGGGCUGGUGGGGUUUCGUCCGGCACCCCAACUACUUAGGCGACCUCAUCAUGGCUUUCGCAUGGUCCUUACCCUGCGGGCUCACCCACAUCCUCCCCUAUUUCUACGUGAUCUACUUUACCUUCCUCCUGGUUCACCGGGAGGCCCGCGACGAGCGCCAGUGCCUGAGGAAGUACGGCUUGGCCUGGCAGGAAUAUUGCCGGCGAGUUCCCUAUCGGAUCUUCCCGUACCUUUACUGAAUCUCAGCUUUUGCGUGGAUGGAAAUCUAGGAUGUUUUUCUUUUCUGCUUUGACCGAGCUGGAGAAAGCGCCUGCUCAAAGAGGCUCCUGGCAGGGAAAAAAACCCAAGUGACCAAGUCCUGCCGCUGGGAUGUUUUUUCUCGUGCAAAUUUGCAAACUUGACCCAUUUAUUCUGCCUUCAGAAAUACAGUAGGACCCCUCCCCCAUAUCUGCAGGAAUUGGUUCCAGGCUGCCCCGUGGAUGCUGCAAAAUGUGGAUAAUACCAAACAGUAUUUUAAUGGACAGCAAUAUACAUAGCCUGCUCUCUUGCUCCCUCUGGUGUCCAGUUCUGGUCACUUCAUCUUUAGAAAUAUAUAUUGAUUUUUCUUUGAAUAUUUUCAGACCGUGGAUAAGUGAAUCAGUGGAUACUGAUCGCAUGGAUAUGGGCAGUCCUACUGUAUAAGGGAAAAGGCGUCAAGUGAGGCCUUCGGCCACUGGAAAUGCUUCUUUUUUUCUGCCUUUGAAGACUGCAUCCUGAAUCUUUUGGAAAGUCUUGCCAGCCGCAAGGACGCAUUUUGGGGGGCUUUAAAAAUAAUUCAUUAAUUUUUUUUACAAGGUAUAUGAAGUAGGCACAGCAUCUGCGGCCAGUAUCGUUGGCUGAAGUGCUAUACACGCAGCUACACGGCAUAAGGCCAGCAAAUCACCCAUCAUCCUCCUUGAAUUGCAGAGCGAGCCACAGGAAUUCCGUGGGAGACUCAGGAAGUUGAUGGGGAGGAAUGGGAACAAUCCUAUUUACUGUGUCUGAGUCUGUCAUCAGCCUUACGCGGCCUAGCUCAUGGAACAGGAUUUCGGCCAUCGUGGCGUGGAAGGAUGGGAUGUCGUUUCUAAGACGAGUGAGGGGGGGUCUUGUCUUUGGAAGCAAACAACCAGCCUUGUCAAACAAAACAAAAAUCAAAGAUUUUAUUAAAUACAAACACUAUUAAAAUCUGGAUUUUUUAAAAUAGUUUCUUUUGAAGCUUGAAAUUGAGUGUUAGUGUGUGGAGAGAGAUUUUUUUUUCAAUGCACAAGAAAGUUUUAGUAGAAAGCUGGGUUCUGUAAUAAUUCCACACACACCCUUGUUACUAAAAUAUCACAAACAAAGUGAGCCUAUGGGUUUCUCUGAACCGUUCCUCAGGCAGGAAAAAUAAAAUCAGGCAGAUGGUCUGUGACCACUAUCUUUAGAAGCAGACUGACUUUCACGAUGGAAAUCGCAGAGAUUCGGUGGAAUAAACUGCUGUCCACGCUGUU